GACGCAACGAAACAAGUCGAACUUUUCGGGGUAGAAGGGCGUCAGGGCUCACUUCAUAUAAAAAGUCCCCCCUUAGUGGUUUCUCGAUUUCGAUAGCCCCUUUGAUUCUUGAAACGACCAUUUUCUGAAGACGAUCCCACGUCGCAAUAAAGGGCGUUGAAACUCAAUUUCUUCACCACGCCAGUGAUUAGCCACCUAAGUAGUUAAAGUUUGUUCAUUUGAUGAUAUGGCUGUUUCAUCGGUCGCAAGAUGGGCCUUGGCUUCUCUCCUCACUGUUCCGCUUGUACAGGGUUUAUCAACUGAAAUCGUCGUCAAUGGAACUUACUACUCUAUCAACUCUUCCACAUUAGCUCCAGCCGGUGCAGUGAUCGAUGGAAAAGUUCACCUCACGGAUGCGAUCGUCACAAAUCUGACACAAAUUGGACUGACGGAUGCUCAACUUUUUGCGUUCGAUACCAGCAGCGGUGACCUCAGCAAAAGAACCAGAUCUUGCAAAGUCUAUCCCGGUGAUGCAGCAUGGCCAGCGAGCUUUGUAUGGGAUAUCUUUGAUAUACUCACCGGGGGAGCUUUAAUCUCAACAGUGCCUCUUGCAGCGCCAUGUUAUACAAACUGGCCCCAUUACCAAAACGCUGCAGAGUGUCUGUAUAUUACGAAUGAUUGGACAAACAGUACUAUACAUGCAUCGGAUCCUACCUCGAUCAUGUGGCCCCUUUAUCAGGGUCGAACUUGCAUGCCUACCAAUGAUACUAGCGCGAACUGUACUUUAGGAGCCUAUCCCGUGUAUGCGCUUAACGUCUCCCAUGUUUUCCAGAUCCAACUAGCAGUCAAUUUUGCUCGCAAUGCGAACUUACGUCUUGUUGUCAAAAACACCGGUCAUGACUUCAACGGAAAGUCAAGUGGCGCUGGCGCGCUUUCCAUCUGGACUCAUAACUUGAAAGAUCUCGAGUACAUUCCUAAUUAUUCAACCAGUUAUUAUACUGGAAAAGCUGUGAAAAUGGGAGCAGGUAUUCAAGCAUUCGAGAUAUAUGAAUUUGCGCGAGCGAAUGGUGUUACAGCUGUCGGAGGUGAAGGUCGAACAGUAGGUGUUGCUGGUGGUUAUGUUGCAGGAGGCGGACAUUCGCCUUUGUCCUCCAUCUAUGGUAUGGCAGCAGAUCAAGUUCUCGAGAUGGAAGUUGUUACUCCAGAUGGGCGAUUUGUUACCGCCUCGGCUACAAAGAAUAGCGAUCUUUACUGGGCUCUCCGAGGAGGGGGUGGUUCGACUUUUGGCGUCGUAACAUCCGUCACCAGUAAAGUUUACCCAGUUAUUUCCUCAACUGUCAUGAAAUUCAGUUUUGAAGUUGGUGGCAAUAUCACUGCUGAUAUGUUCUGGGCUGGCGUACGCACCUAUUUCGAUCACUUAGUCGAGCACGCCGAAAAGGGAAUUUAUGCGUAUUUCGCCAUCCUCGCCACAGGUACUAAUGCCUGGUCGUUCGGCAUGCAACCUUUGUUUGCGCCAAAUUAUACUGCAGCUGAACUUGAAACUUUGGUUGCUCCAUGGUUUGCUGAGCUUAGUGAAAUUGGUAUCAGCUUUACGCCUUCCGUUACAGAAUACACUGAGUUCUAUGACGCAUGGUGGGACAAUUUCCCUCUCGAGUCCGUUGGUACUACCAACAUCAAGACCGCUUCCCGUCUCUUCCCAAAAACUAAUUUCCAGAACGAGAUUAUUACCGACGCCACCUUCUACGCUAUUAAAGAAAGUAUUCUGGCUGGAGGUUCAUUUUUAGCUUUCAACAUCCAAGCAGCAGAUAAUGCAGGAAAUGAUAACUCAGUAAACCCAGCUUGGAGAGAGACUUGCUUGCACGCCAUUAUGGCAAACUUCUGGGCUGCAGAUGCGGAUGUAUCAGCCAUCGCAGAGGCAUCUGAAGUACUUACUUACAACUGGAUCCAACUAUGGAGAAAUGUUUCUCCUGAUGGCGGCGCCUAUAUGUCCGAGGCAGAUAUCAUGGAGCCAAACUUUCAGCAAGCUUUCUAUGGUUCCAAUUAUGGCCGUCUGUACAGCUUGAAACAGAAGUAUGAUCCAAAAGGAUUAUUCUACGCGCCGACUGCAGUAGGAAGCGAGGACUGGUAUAUUACCGAUCAAUUGACUGGUUUGCCUACCCAGAAUGGGAGAUUAUGCCCAGCGACAUGGUGAUGAAGAUGAUCCAUGGAGAGAAGUGGUUUGAUUCUUCAAUGUUGAGGCUGGAACAGAAAUAGUUGAUAAUGGCAAUCAAAUCCACAAGACUAGCUUAUUUGCUACAUGUAUAAUGUUUAAAGAAUAUAAAUAACUAAAUUUUCGAAAGAAGCAUAUGCAUCCUCCAAGGAUCUUCAAGUUGGCAGAGUUCGAGGCGGGUAAAUACUUCGAAAUGGCACAGGAAAGUGAACGUAUGAACGCGGAAAGAAGUUGACGUAGAAUCCUUUCUUAGACCCCGGA